UGGAAAAAGCGUGUGAGUCGCUCAUGAGCAUCAAAGAAGAUUUAUUAUUCUCGGCCUGAAUUUUUGUUCAGAAAAGAAGCACAAAGUAGUUCCCUUCCAGAACAAGCAUCCAUGGUCAUAGCUUUUGGGUGUUCUGGAAGAAGAUUGCAUGUGUUCCCCUUCCUCCAUGCUCCUGGCUUGAUCCAGAGGGCAAGAAGAAAUAAUGGUGAUGACAUCCGAUAGGACUGGGGUGCUCAUUCCCUUCCAUUGCUAAACCUGAGUUUCCGCCCUCUAGUUUCUUUUUGCUGUUGUCCUGAGAUUUGGCGUUGAUUUUUGUUGGGGAUUUCUUUUCCCCCAUCCUGAUGAGGGCACCACUGCAGACCAUGCUGUGCCUGGGGUUGUGGGCAGCUGCCCUGCUCUGCUUGUUUUCCCCUGGCACCGUGCGAGGUGACUGCUGGCUGAUUGAGGGGGACAAAGGGUAUGUGUGGCUGGCCAUCUGCAGCCAGAACCAGCCCCCCUAUGAGACCAUCCCCCAGCAUAUCAACAGCACGGUGCAUGACCUGCGUCUGAACGAGAACAAGCUCAAAGUGGUGCUCUACUCCUCUCUCAACCGCUUCGGCAACCUGACUGAUUUGAACCUGACCAAGAAUGAAAUCUCCUACAUUGAGGAUGGGGCUUUCAUGGGUCAGUCAAACCUCCAGGUCCUACAGCUGGGCUACAACAAACUCACCAACCUGACAGAGGGCAUGUUGCGGGGCAUGGCCCGUCUCCAGUUCCUCUUUGUGCAGCAUAACCUAAUUGAGCUGGUCACCCCUACUGCCUUUUCUGAGUGCCCCAGCUUGAUUAGCAUUGACCUGUCAUCCAACCGCCUCAGCCGUCUGGAGGGCAAUACUUUCACCAGCUUGAGCAACCUGAUGGUGUGCGAGCUGGCUGGCAACCCCUUCAACUGUGACUGUAGCCUCUACAGCUUUCUUAACUGGCUGGCUCUCUUCAACAACGUCACCAAGAACUAUGACCGUCUCCAGUGUGAGACUCCGCGGGAGUUUGCUGGGUAUCCGCUUCUGGUGCCUCGGCCUCACCACAACCGCAAUGCCAUCACCAUCUUCCAGUCCAUGUGCAGAGGGGGCACCAUCCCCUCCCUCUCCAGGGUCAACCCAACUCCUUACACCCCUGACUCCCAGCGAGAUCUGGAUGAGGGGUCAGCCAUCAGCCCUGGGGAUUUCCUCUCAGUCAAGCCGCCAGCCUCUUCCACCACUGACUCCUCCUUCAGUCCCAGCAUCAAGCUACAUGAUGUCACGAUCACUUCAGCCAUCCUGAUGGUCACCAUCCCCAUGCCCUACAGUAAGAUGUAUGUGCUGGUCCAAUACAACAACAGCUACGUUUCUGACAUUGCGACACUGAAGAGCAAGAAGGAGUAUGUCACUGUCAACAAGCUGAAGGCCCACACUGAUUAUACAUUCUGUGUGGCCUCUAUCCGCAACAACAGGCGUUACAACCAUACUUGCCUGACCUUUGCAACCCGGAGCAAAGGCAGGGAAGAUCCUAUUUCUAGUACUUCCACCACUACACACUAUAUUAUGACCACCCUGGGUUGCCUCUUUGGGAUGGUCAUUGUCCUGGGGGUGGUGUACUACUGCCUGCGGAAGCGGAGGAUGCAGGAGGAGAAGCAGAAGUCGCUCAAUGUCAAAAAGACCAUUCUGGAAAUGCGUUAUGGAUCGGAUAUUGAUACCAGUACCAUGGUCCAUCCUUCCCAGAAGCUGGGUGAGCCACCUGUCAUUCCUGUCUCACGGAUGUCCUCCAUCCCUUCCAUGAUCGGGGAGAAGUUGCCCCCAUCAAAGUCAAUAGAUGCUGGGAUGGAGACUCCUAAAGUCACCGCUAAAGGUAACUACAUUGAAGUGCGGACUGGUGGUGGGGAUGGGCUGGAGAGAACGCAGCGAGAUGAGGACCUGAGGGAGCUUGACAAUGGGCAAGGCUCAGCUGCUGAGAUCUCUACUAUAGCGAAGGAGGUAGACAAGGUCAACCAGAUCAUCAACAACUGUAUUGAUGCCCUCAAGCUGGACACAGCAUCUUUCCUGGGUGGUGGGACUGGUGUUGACUCAGAUAUGGCCUUUGAGUGCCAGUCCAUCCCAGCUGGUUCCUCAAGUGGGCUAGAGCGGCCCAGCUUUCUUUCCCCACCCUACAAGGAAAGCUCCCACCACCCUUUGCAGCGCCAGCUCAGUGCUGACGCUGCUGUGGCCAGAAAGACCUGCAGUGUCUCCUCUAGUGGCUCCAUCAAGAGCGCCAAGGUCUUCAGCUUGGAUGUGCCUGACCACCCACCACUCAGCAAGUCUGACUCCAAAUACAUUGAGAAGGGCAGCCCCCUGAACAGCCCUUUGGAUCGUCUUCCCUUGGUGUCUCCGAGCGCCAUCCACCACUUGGAGGUCAAGCCUUCUUACCAUUGCAGCGAGCACCGUCACUCCUUCCCGGCCCUGUACUAUGAGGAAAGUGCUGACACCUUGAGCCAGCGGGUGUCGUUCCUCAAGCCACUGUCCCGGUCCAAGCGAGACUCCACGUACUCCCAGCUCUCCCCCAGACACUACUUCUCGGGCUACUCCUCCAGCCCCGAGUACUCCUCAGAGAGCACCCACAAGAUCUGGGAGCGAUUCCGGCCUUACAAGAAGCAUCACAGGGAGGAGGUUUACAUGGCAGCUGGGCAUGCCCUGAGGAAGAAAGUUCAAUUUGCCAAGGACGAGGAUCUGCAUGACAUCCUGGAUUACUGGAAAGGAGUCUCUGCUCAGCAGAAGCUGUGACUCUUCCUCACAAGGAAACAAUACAAACCAAGACCCCCCCUCCAACAACCAGAAAAAAAAAGCCACUUGACUGUGAAAAAUAAACCAACAACAAAAUACUCCUGACAAAUACAAAACUGACAAAACCUUUUCUUAAAGUUUACAACAACUCUUACACACACAGACACACACACACACACUCUCUCUCUCUCACACACACACACACACACACACUCACACACACACCGAAUUGUCUCUACUGUGUUACGGGGACCAUUGUUCUGCCCACUGAUGGUUGGGAAGAGCGUCCUGCUCUGACACUGUGGUAACAACGUUGGAGUGUGGGUGGGUGGCCUGGGAGUGGGUGUCAGUGGUGGCAGGAGAAGGGCAGGGAUGGACACUCACUGGGCAUGAAACUCAGCUGUGAACUUUUCAUCUUUCUGUUCCUGUUGAAGGCUGAUUUUUCUUUUGGGUGGGAGGGAAGGACUUUGGUUUAGAAAGCUUCCUUGUCCACCUUGUACACGUGCUAUGCCAAAUCUUCCAUCACUAACUUUCCCCCUCAUUUUCUUUAGCAGUGGAGGCUUUUCUCUCUCUCCUGUUCCCUUCCAAGACAGGUGGGAAUUUCUGGAAGAAGUUCUCUCCCUUCUUUUCCUUUGCUCUUCCCUGUCCUUCUCUGUUAAGGGUCCCUAGGCUGGAACUUCCUGUCUAGAUACUUCACAAACCUCCGUCCUCCUCAGAGGAAGAAGAGAUGUGAAGAACCAAGGCAGGUAGGACCUGCCAUAUAACAGGCUCUGUGCUCUUGCUGCUCUUCCUCCUUCCCUUAUCCUGCCAUGUUGCUGCUGAUGAACACCAGCAAUUCUGGAGGGACAGGCAUUCUCCAGGCCUUCUCAGAGCCAGUUUUCUCCCAGUUGGUGGAGAAAUGUUCUCUUUGGCAUGGCAAGCCAGGUCCUCAAGGAGCGGUGGAGGAAGGCAGGAAGGUCUGGUCUCUCAGAGGUGUAUAGGGUUCCCAUCUCUUCAUGAGUGUUACAGGUCAGAGGUCCUCCUCGCCACACACGCCUAUGCUGUGACUUGUGCAGUCAGUUUAAUGCUCUAUGUUCAUGUUCCCCCUUGCCAUGAGGAGGGGACCUGGAGAGGAUCUAGCAGAACAAAUUCUCCAUGAAGCUUCUGCAGCUCUUCCCAACUGAUUUGCACCAUGGGCUGUGGGGUGGGUGUCCAUGAGAAGAGCAUCAUCCAACCUCCUCAAUUCCAGGUGAAUGUGAAGAACAGGAUUUUAGUUGCUUCUCUCACUGUGUUGGCCUCACAAAGUGUCUUUCUCUUGUAUAGGCUAUGGACAUUCUGGCAUGAACAGGGGGCAUCCUAGGGUGAAGACAGGAGCACAGGGAACAAAUGGGAUGUGAGAAUGUGGGCCUGUGAGUAGCCCAAGGAGGAUGGCCUGGAAGCAGUUCCCUUUUUGAGUGCACUGUGUGUUCCGGGGUAGAAGAGGACACCAACAUGUGGGUGGCAGCAUUCCUUUGACUACCUAGAGGCCCUCGUGAGAGUGAGAGCAACAUAUCAUCUCCUAAAUCCUCCACCUCCUCACAGGUGUGACAAACUUUUCUUAGGGGUCCUUUCAUCUCUUGACAAAAUCCCAGUUGCAUUUGCUAGGUCCCAACCUCUGCCUCUUGGGUAGAAGGUCUGUCACAGAGUUGGGAAUGAGCCUACUGCCCUCUCCACCUAGUCCCAUUUUUGAGCAACCCAACAAAGCACAAUCUUGGCACCAUCUCCCCCGAGGUUUUUCUGUCAGGCAGGAGUGCUGCCUGCUGAACAUGUCUUUAUGCAGCACUUAAUCAUGGAGCCUCCUCUCCAUGAUCUGCCCAGCACUUGACCAUAGUUCACCUCUGUCAGGAUGAGGGUGAAGGCCUAUGUUAUGUUGGUCCCCCCUAAGUAGUCUGAGGUGCUCCUCAGAAGACCCAGUGUUUUUGGGGGCCCUGGGAGAAAAAUGAGGAUGUAGGAGCUUCUCUAGGAGGGAUUUACAUGCUGCAUGCAGAGAACUUGCCUGUUAUCUGCCAGGUAGUAGCAAUGCCAGCUGUGAGAGCUGGCUUCUAUGCCACAGAUGACAAUUUCACCUUCUGUAAGUGAGGGGGAGCAGUAGGCAGAGUCUGGUGCACAAAAACCAGAGCAGGUAUCCCCAAAGUGUAAACCUGUGAAGAUCUGUGGAGUUUCUUCCUUAUAGGGAUGCUGAUGGUAACAAUCCUAAGCCAGGUCCUGACCCCAUUGCCUCAGACUUUUCACUGUCAGCCUGCUUUCCCACAGUCAAAGCAUUAUUUUGCCUUGAGUCCAGAGGUGUUUGUGGGACUGACUCCACACAGAAAAAGUCAAUCCUACCAAGAAGAAGGGGUGUGUGUGUGCACCUGUGUGCAGUAGGAUGAAGGGAAGUCACAACGGCCAGUCACAUCACUGCUGGCAAGUGUCCCUCCAUUUUGGGACUGUGCAGCAAACCAAGACAGGUAAAAGCUGUGAGAGAUGCCUAGGCACAACAGAGACCUCCCCAGCCACCACACGGAGCAGGCUCAGUGGUCUUCCAGCAUGGCAACUAUCCAAGCAGAAAAGACUAAUGGCAGUGAUGCAGAAUGGGACAGGAAAAGGGGGAUGACAGGCAAGGGGGGAUGGAGUCUUGUUCCUCUCCCCAAUUCUUCCCUCCCUGUGCUUUUCUGCUGUGUGUUCUUGUAAGCAGUUCUGCUUAGUUAAUACUUAAAGGGGGAGCAUUAAUCUGUAAAGGUUUAUGCUUUUUCCCCUCAACACCUCAAUGAGGCAGAAAAGAGAGGUCAUGGAUACAGCUAUCAUCAGGCCCUUCUUUUUUCUCUGGUGGGGGUAAGGCUGGAUAGGAGGGAAAAGCCAUUUCUCUCUCAGCUGUACCCCACAUUUCAAACCAUUGGAUGAAGUUUGCACAAGAUGGACUGUUCUGUGGGAGGAAGAGGGCAAGGAAGGGGAACAAAGUGUCUCACCUUCCUUCCUCCUCCCUUCUUCUUUGUCCUGCUUCCUCCCUCAGGAUGAGGGCUCACAAAGUGAUGCCAGCCCUGUUGGAGGAAAGCAGAUUUAACGUUCUAUUUGCAUGACAACUUUACUGUAUUUUUCUGAGCAAACACCUGUUGUGUAUGUGCCAGUUUGUUGGAAUUUAACCUCCUCCCUCCAAGUCUCUCCUGUCCUUGUCCCUGUUUUCUCUGCUCCUUUCAUUGAUCCCUGAUGUGAUUUUAUGAGAGACUCCUACCAGUUUGAGAGGGAACAUACCCCAAAGAGAACCCAACCCAAUCAGCCCAUAAACCUCAUUCCUUUUUCUUUCCAUUGUCCCCCUUUCCCUUGCUCCAAAUGUGGUCUCUCAGCUGCUUUUCAUGGUCAUACGUGUAAAGGGGUAUGUGUUAUAUACCAAAGGCCUGCUCUUUCUAGUGGCCAACAUUUCUCCUAGUUAUUGAGGAACAGGAGUGAAGCCUGUCAAGAUAGAUCUUGUAAGAGAAAUGGUCACUACUCUCCCUUUGUCCUGGUUGCUCUUUCCCAAAAAUCAAGGUUAUUCUUGAGGGAAUGUGGAGUGCUUUAGCUGAAGGGAAACCUCUGAUAGUGAAAACUUGAUGUGGAGCUAGUUGCAAUCACUUAGAAGAUCUCCCACCACCUUUCUCUUAUUGAUUGCGUAGACUUCUGGAUUAGGUCUGUCCUAUGCAUUCUCUCCCCUGGCUGGCCCUGGCAGAGGGCAGGGCAUGAUGAAACCUCAAAAACCUCUUUGUUGGGAAAAAGUGUGGAGAGACUGCCUGAUGUUUCUAAGACCUCUAUGUCUUGGCUUUGGCAAGUCCCUCAAUUCUGCCUUCUCCCAGGGCAAAGUGGACUUCUGGGGCCAGACCAAGACCAAACCCUUUCACACUUUAUUUCUGGCUUGGUAAGUAUUGGAAGAGAAAACAGGGAUUUAGUUCACCUCACUGGAAAUUGUGGAGGGUGAAGAAUGAAGUUGGGUGCAGACCUGCCCUCUAGCCCCAAGAACAGCCUUGGGGAGGAAGCCUGGGCUGGGGUCUUGCACCCAGGAGAAUGAAGGUGGGACUCUAGGCAAGCUGUUCCUGUGGGGCAGAGCUCUUUCCCAUAUCUGCUGGUGCUGCCCCAGUUUAUGCUGCAGUACCAUGUUCUCUUUUCCCCCUCCCCACUCUUCCAUGCUGAAUAAAUCCCUCUUGAGGCAGGUGUGAAAUAUUCAUGACUGACAAAUGAAGAAUUAUGUCGGGCUGAGGAGGCCUCUGUGUGUUUGCAAUGCUAAUCAGCCUGCCUUGCUGGAGGAGGCUCUGCCUGGCAGGCUUGAAGGAAGGAGGGGAAGAUGCAGGAGGAAGGUGGAAAAGGAGCUGAGAGAGAGGAGGGACAGACACAGUAGGGGUGAAUAAGGUAUGAUGGGACCAAGGAGUGGUGAGGAAAGGAGGUAACAGGUAGAGGGAGAUGGAGAAGGUGUAGAGGAGGGACAGGCUGGAAGGACCUGGGGAAGAGAUGGCUACAGUGGAAAGAAUGGGAUGAUGAAGGGACAAAGGGAACAGCAAGGAAAAGGACUGAGUGCAGGGGUGAAGCUCUCUGAGAGGAGGUGAGGUGUAAGUCAGCAGUGCCUGGAGAAAAACAUCUGGGCAGACUUCAUGAUGAGCUGUGACCCCUCUCUGUAGGGCAGAGCUCAGUGCUGCAGGGUGGGCAGCUGCCAUGUGGGUAGGAGCUGGACCCAGGGCCCCAAAAGCACAUUUUCCAUGCUUGUUGCUGACUGGAAAGCUGAGCUGUGUCAGGAAGGACACACAGCCUCCAGGAGCCUGGAGAACAUCCCUUCCACCAUCACCACCUCCUUCCGCACAAGCUGCAGUAAAGAAGAGCCUCAUGGAUCUGUGUCCUCUUUCUAGAGCCAGCCUGCUGCUGUCCCACCGUCUGAGCAGGAGGGAGCCUCCUCAGGGUGGCUUGGUGCGGGACGGACACUUUGUGCCACCCCCACCAGGCUAUGGGGGCUUCUUGUAGGGCUGGUGGAGCCUGCCCCACCUGAGCCGUGCCCUGCUCACCCCAUCUGAGCAGGUGUUUUUGGGUCCUUCCCUGAAGAAGGGGCAGAGGGGAGCGUCUGUUGCAUCCCCCCCUACACACGCACGCAUUCCCAACCCUAUCCCUCAGCCGCUUUGGCCUUGUACUGUGAGGGGUGUUCUUGGUCUGCCUCCCCUUGACUGUCCCCUACGCACUCUGGGGAGGUGUCUCCGUACCUCUCCCUGGCCGUCCUACCAGGGCAGCUGUCUGCAGGGCUGCCCCAACCCACCCCGUCCCUGAGUGGAGAGAGGGCAUCUUCUGCCUGGCUUCUCCUUCUCCCUCUCCUCCCACUCCUUCUCCUCCUUGCCCCACCAGGGGUUAAAUUCCCUUUUCCCCCCUUUACGGUCCCCCUCCGUAUGCCCUGUCCUCGCGCGUUCGGCUUGGCCUUUGCCUCCCCCAUAACUACCACCGCCACUGUGAGGCCUUGCUCCUGGGUGGCCUGUCCCCACCGCCUGCUCUCCACCUUCCCUGGGGGGAAGAGGAAGAGUCUGUCCGGGUCAGGCCAGACCCUCCAGGGCUGGUACGGCUGGUCCAUCCACAAGCACAGCGUCUGGGGUGAGGGGGUGGGAAGGGGCGGGCAGCUGCCAGGCACAGAGAAGGGGGUGUCAGCCCUUGAAUGUAAGGAAGGGCCUGGGAGGCAGCUGCUGGGACUGGCUCCUUGUGGCCUCUUUGGUGUUCCUCCUUCCGUAACAACCCUGUGAUCCCCCCGGUUGUGUAUGGACAAAUUUAAGUUGGAGUUACGUUCUUUACUUUUUUCUUUUUUUAAAAAAAUUAUUUUCUUUUCUUCUUUUAGAAUUGCAUUUCU